UGGAAAUUGCGCUUUGCACCUUCCGCGUUCCCGUCCGUGCGCCCUUGGCGCCGUUCGCGGCUCCUUGGCUUCAUGGCCAGUUAUGGCUCGCCGGCGCCCAAUGCCAGCGGUCCCAAUGGGAGCCGAUUUACCUCGGUGGCGGAGGCCGCGCAGUCACAGAACAUCGACGCGGUGCUCGAAAUGCUCGCCCAGGGCUACAGGGUGGAUAGCCAGGGGCCGGACGGCAACACCGCGUUGCACUGGGUGGCCUGGUUCAGGCUGGACUCCCUGCUGAGCACGCUGCUUGAGAAGCGCGCCCGCCCGGACAUCGGCAACCAGUCGGGGGAGUGCCCUGUGCACUGGGCGGCGAAGGCCGCUAACGUCACAGCGUUGGAUGCCAUGACCAGGGGCAACCGCGGGCUGCUCUCGGUG